AUGUGUUUAUGCAGGCACACCUCUACUGCAUCCAUAAUAGUGUGAUCACACCAGUAGGAAUGCAUUCAGAAGGCAGACAACACACACACACCACACAGCCAGUGAGCAGGUUUAUGUCAUGUGAUUGGAAGUUUAGGGACUUAUCUCACUCACAUAAUGAUUCCUAAGUCAAGGUCGUCCAAGGUCAUAAAAUCAAGCCAAGUGGAGCCUGGAUUAAUAAUUGAAGUAUGUGGAUCAUAGCAUGAGAUGAUGUCAAGAUGGGUAUGUCACUCAUGAGCAAAUGUUAUGAUGCUCAAUAUGUGAUGUGGAGAGGAGGGUAAUGGAUUAAAGCUGUGCAUGUGCAGUGUUCUAAAAGAUAUUGUGUGUGUGCGCGUGUGUGUGUGUGUGUGUGUGUGUGUGUGUGUGUAUCAGACAGGAGAAUGUGUCUGAGCUGCUGAAGACCAUGUUUGAGGGGGAGCGGACAGAAGCAUCGGUCGUCAACGGAACUCAAGUGCUACUUACAUUACUGGAGUCACGGAGGACGGGGCUUGAGGGGCUUAUGGAUCUGUAUUCUCAGGGAAGUGAACGGUCGUACACUGUCAGCGGCAGUAUUCUGCGUGCUAUUGAGCCUCAUCUUAAAGACUUCCAGCAACUUCUACUUGACCCUCCCAAGAAAAGUGCAAUAUUGACGACGGUGGGCGUGCUGGAGCAGCCCCUGGGUAGUGCCCGUCUGCACGUGGCACGGCUGGUGGCCGCUCUGCUCCAGACCAGCGAUGCCAGCCUCUGCCACGAGCUCUGCCGCCUCCACAUCAUGGACAAGCUGCUGGAUCUCUUCUUCAAGUACACCUGGAAUAACUUCUUGCACUUCCAAGUGGAGCUGUGCGUGGCGUCCAUCUUGAACCACUCCGGCCCCUGUGAGUCCCUGGCCCUAGCCUCUGUGGCUACCUCUGGCCUGCAGAACCACCUGGAGCAGGCGCCGCCCGCAACGACCUCCACAACGACCUCAGCAGCCUCCGGAGACACAGGCUCUGCCCCCACCACCUCCCCUAGCCCCGCCCCUAGCCCAAGCCCCGCCCCUGCUAAUGCCGCCAACGCCGACGCCGCCACCUCCAGCCCCCCCGCCGACGGCGAGGCCAAAGCGCCGCUGAGCAGCGUGGCCGAGCCCCCCGCCCAGACCUCCGUCCACGACAUGCUGGUGGCACAUCUCUUCCAGCAGUGCCGUUUGGUACAGAGGAUUCUGGAUGCCUGGGAGGAGAACGACAAGAUUCAGUCAGAGGGGGGCACCAGGCGAGGCAACAUGGGCCACCUGACGCGCAUCGCCAACACGGUGGUGCAGAACCUGGAGAAGGGCCCUGUGCAGUCCCACAUCAGCGGUCUCAUCAAAGAGCUGCCAGAGGACUGCAGGGGGCGCUGGGAGAGCUUUGUUGGGGAGACGCUGAGAGAAACCAACAGGAGGAACACCGUGGACCUGGUGAGCACACACAACCUCCACUCAUCCAGUGAGGAUGAUGACAUGGAGAGUCCAUUCCCCAAUGACCUGUCUAUCCAGCAGGCUUUCUCAGACUAUCAGAUCCAGCAGAUGACUGCCAACUUUGUGGAUCAGUUCGGCUUCAAUGAUGAAGAGUUCCACGAACACGACGAAAACAUCAAUGCUACAUUCGACCGCAUUGCUGAAAUCAACUUUAAUAUCGAUGCGGAGGAGAAUAGUGCCAAUGCAGCUGCAUUUGAGGCAUGCUGUAAGGAGAGGAUACAGCAGUUUGAUGACUGUGAGGAGGAAGAGGAGGAUAUCUGGGAGGACAAAGAGAUAAACUAUGCAACACAAGUUAAAUCUCGAUCCAGGUUUGGAGUGUGUCUGUCGUCAGACGGAGCCUCUAAAGCGCUGAAGAACGGUGGGCGAGGGGGCCGCAGGUCGGCCUCUGAUGACGAUGAAGAGGAGGGGCCAAAACAGGCCGCGGCCCACUCUCCCUCCCCUAAAGGGCCAGCGGCUCCAGAGACGCAGAGCCCAGGCUGGACAGCCACGUUUGGCGAUGGGGACGCGAGUGGUGUGUGUGUGGGCUCCAGCCCCUGGGGUACCCCCUCCACUGAGCAGAGUGCUCCCAACACACAAGACACCGGCUGGGCCAACUUCACAGAGUUCCAGCCCUUCAGCAGUUCAGGCAGCAGUGCCACAGGUGCCCAGGCCACACAGACCCCAGACAAAAACACGGGCUCGGGGGUGUGGGAGGUGUGUGGUGGGGGCAGGAAGGCUCCCCUGGUGGCCUCAGACAGCAGCAGCUCCGGGGGCUCCGACAGCGAGGAGGAGGGAGAGGAGGCGCGCGCUGGAGACAAGAGCGCCCCCAAGAGUGAGGUACAGGUGCCGAUAGAGAAGCUGAGUGUGUCGGACAGCCCCCAGAAGGCGGAGUCAGGGGGACCCCCCCUCCAGCAUCACCCCCGGCAUCAACCUCCGCCACAGCCCCCGCCACAGCCUCCGCCACAGCCUCCGAGAACAUCACUGUGACAGACAAGAAAGUUGAGUGGCCUUCAUCAGGUGGCCCGACGCCCAAUGGUCCAGUCUGAGCUGAGUUGGGCAGUGAGUGGAGGGUUGAGGAGGGAGUCGCCGUCUUCACCCAGCCCACCCCUCCACAACAACAACAACAACAACAACAACAACGCCGCCUCCUCCUUUCCCAGUCUGCUUCCGUCUGUCCUCCCCGUGGAAACAUGAAAACGAAAAUAAAAAACAAAAAGGAGAAAAAAAAGAAACCUUGAUGCCACUUGUGGUGUUUUCGCUUGACCAUGCGGCCUCACCAGUGGGCCUGGACACUGCCAACCAGCCACUAUCCAUGGAGGAGCGGAGAGGAAGCCGGAGCGCAGCCCUGCGACCCCCCCCACGUGACCCCUCACCAUGCUAGUCCCCCCACACACACACCUCAGAGCAGAGCGCCCAGUUUUAACCGUUUCUAUGAGAUAUGCAGUUUCAAUGUAGCAGCAGUGGAAGAAACAGCGUUGAGUCUAAAGACGUGCCGCCACAGGAUUCAACACGACAUGUUCUCAUCAUGACCUUCCGUUUUACACUUUUAUUUUGAAAUGUUUUGCGCUCCCCCCCCGACUUCCUUUCUCUCUCUUCACAUUCUCUUUCUCUCUUUUCAAUUUGCUGUCUGUCCUUCUCUCCAUCUUUUCUGCUUCCUCUGGUUGUUUAUGUUCUCAGUUAAGCACACGUUGCUCCACCUUAACACCAGUAACCCCCCCCCCCCCCCCCCCCCGUACCAAAAACAGGCCUGUUUAGCCCAGUGGAAUCAAUAAUCCCUUCAUUAGAACCCAAUCAGACGACAGCGCUUUAAGAAGCACUUAUGCAACACUCUCUUUGCUGUAUGUAAGCACAAGAAACAAAACGAAAUGAAAAGAAACAAAAAAAAUGAAAGUAUUAUUUUUAAAGAAAAGAAAAAUAAAGAAAAAGUUUGUCCUCCAGCCCACCGGGGGCAGUGGAGUGCUUCAGGUGUCUGACGGGCACGAGCCGGAGGGUCCACUUCUGCAGAUUUGGAAUCAGAUUGUUGAAUGUGUUCAAGUGCUUGUUGGAGUCAGGUGAUAGAUUUUGGGGCCAACUCUCGAGAUGGGUCUUUCUCUUUCUCUCUCUCUCUCUCUCUGUCUCUUGCUCUCUCUCUCUGUCUCUCACUCUCUCUUUCUUUCUCGUGCUCUUUCUUUCGAUCUCAUUUUUUCACUACUUUUCUCUGUCUCAAGAGUUCAGCUUCCUUAUCAUCAUGUGCAAUAAUAACUUUUUUGCCAUUUUUAUUCAAGGCGAGUUGAUUUGAUAAGUUGGCCUUCUUGGUGGCAAGUACAAAAAAUAUUUUGACAGUUCAGGUUUUUAAUUUUUUUUCUUUUUUUGAAGUUUUGUCUUUUUUUUUCUUUGGGUUUUUAAUUGCAUGUGAAGCAUUAUACUCAAGCAUAUACAAGCAAUUUUUGAUCUAGCUAGCCAAGACCCUCUGAUUGUAUUAACUUAAGUUUGUCCCGUUGUUGCCCUUAGAAGAAUUGAUAAAAAAUGAACCAAAACAUUAUCUACCUAAAUAUAUAAUUAUCUACCUAUAUAAUGCCAACAUUUAGAAAUCUUCAUGAAAAGCAAUUUUUGAGAACAUGUGUUUUCUGAACAAUAUCCAGUUGAAAUAUUUAGCACUUGCUCUAGUGCAUUGAAAUGCAUUUGUGAUGACAUUUGCCUUAAGUUUGAGAACCCCCCCCCCCCCCCCCCCAACUAUCCCCCCCCCCCCCAGGAGCAAAAUCGCCUAGGACUCCCCCUACCCCCUACCCAGCAUUGAGCUGAAUCCCACCCCACCAAAAGCAAAAGAAACCACAUGCGUACGCACACCACACAUCCCACCUUUCGCUCAGACUCAAGUCGAUCGAUAACGUCAAACAAAAGAAAAGGUGAACCAAGAAAAACAACAACAAAAAAAUUGAAAACAAAAAAAGUGUGUGUAGAACCUUUAGUCACUGUCUAAGACCGCUCCGUGGACCGUCACGUCGCUGUGGUCUCGUUCUUGUGCCAUUAGGACAACGGUCAAAAUUUGAAAACAACGAAAAACUGAAGAAAAAAAAAGAAUCCCGCAAAAGCCUGGUAGUUGUAGAGGGACACGCUGCUCCCCUCGUCUCCUCAGCUCUCGCUGUUUUCCUUUUCUGUUCAGCAGCAGCCCUGGGCUCCUGCUCUCCAACGGUCUAUCUAAAGUAGCUACAUGGUACCAAAUCUCUGGAUCACAACAUUGUUUCUUUCUUUCUUUUUUCUUGGAAGUUAUUUUAUUUUGCACUUGCAGGAGUGUGAGGUGGUGACAUGUCUGUGCUAAAGUACUUCUGUGUGUGUGUGUGUGUGUGUGUGUGUGUGUGUGUGUGUGUGUGUGUGUGUGUGUGUGUUUGUUUUCUUCUGUUUCUGCCUCGAGUCUCCCAGCAUUCUGCUUUCAACAGCAUAUAUAUCUAUAUAUAUCAGUGACAUUUUCAAAAGGAAAGAAAAAAAAAAAGCAGGUUUGUUUCCAAAGCCAAAUUAUUGCCUUUUAUUUCUGUUGCUGUAUGUUUAAAAUCCUAUUUUUUGAAUUUAACCAAUAUUAUUUUGCAUAUUGUAGAAAUCUAAUUUAUGUGAUUACUGUAUAAGCAACCAAAAUACUGCUUUCUCUCUUAAAUGAACUCUUGAAUGGUCUUACUGGGGAGCUUAACAGGCACAAGCGAGAGUCAUCUCUGCCUGUCCUGUGUGUGUGUGUGUGUGUGUGUGGGGGGGGGGGGGGGGGGGUGUUGUGUGUUUGGAGGGGAGGGGGGUGGGGGUGGGGGGGGGGGGGUGGGGGUCCUCUAGAUUAAACACAGGGUGUGUGAUUGGCACUUGUCUCACAGUGAGUUUGAGAGAGAUGAGUUCCAAAUGAGAAGUGCCUGAAGUAGAGUUCAGUCUAAUGGGGUGGGUACAGGGGGCCGUGCAGUGCCCACCAGUCUGGUGUCGUGGGUACAGGGGGCUGUGCAGUGCCCACCAGUCUGGUGUCGUGGGUACAGGGGGCAGUGCCCACCAGUCUGGGCGGAAACACACGACCCCUCGUUCCCUCUGUAGUACAGGGGUGUGGUCAGACACCAGGUGUAAGAUUAACCUGACUGGCCAGGAGGAAAGAAAACAUGUACAGCAGUCGCACAAAGACAGUCUCUGGAAUUAUUUUACCUUUUAGCACUGUUAGGCUGAGGGAAGCGAUCCCAGAUAGACACGCAAAGAUGUCUUCUGUGAUUAAUUAAUAGUCUUGCGUAACAUGGACUGAGGGAGGGGGGUGGGGGUCUCCGUGAGAAUCUUGAGUUGUGUGUAGGGAGGAUGCUGGCAUAUGGACACUUAUGUACCGCACAAAACAUGGAACAAACGUGAAACUUGGAGUGGGUGGGCGUCAUGGAAACUAGUCGCAUCCCAGUGAGUAGAUGCUUGGAGUGGGUGGGCCUUCCUCCACACGUUCAACUGGUUUUCAUUUUGCUGAUUCAUAAACAAGCGGCUUUACUCUGGUAUGGGCAGGUCUAUGGCAAAGCAUGAACAUUUUAAACCAGAAACACCUGAUUCAUGUGCUAUUAUACAUUAUGUGGAAACUCAAGGAUGAUUUGUCAUAAUUAAAUGCUUAUAUGCCUUAUUUUCAAUAUCAGAGGUGCGUUUGGAUGAAGCCCAUAGCCUAGAUGUAACCCAGGUACAUUCAAAACUUUGUGGGAAGCUCCUUUACAAGUCAACAGACACUUUUAGUUGCAGAUAGUGAUGGACUGGGCUUCUUUGGUCACACCAUUGUGGUCUACUCGACAGCCACAAGCUUCUACUACAUAAGCCGUCCACAGCAUCACUGAUCAUCGCAGAACUGGCCUCAAAUGACCAUGCAGCUCUCCACACUUCUAUCCAAAUAUGGCGUCAGUUCUAUCAGUUGUUCCUGCUACAAAUCUGCAUAUUUAAAUAAGAAAAGGGUGUGCAUGGUGUGCUCAACUGUGUAUGGUUAGCCAGUGAUGUCCAUAAGAUCAGUUUGCAUUUUUUUUUUUUUACCUCAAUGAGGCCCUUAAAUAAUGUUCCACUUAACAUAUCUUCUAGUAAAAAUGUGCCCCAAAUUAGUGCUGUUACUUAAGAUUUCACAGAAAUAUUUCACACAAAAAUGAGCUUGCUUCUGGAGGAGAAAUAUGCGCCCCCUCAUUUUAUUACAAUAAGCAACCGAACUGGGUUUUUGUUCUGUACAAAAAUGUUGAUAUUUGUAUAUUUUUAAUGGACCGAUAAAAUGUUAUAUUUUAUUAUAUCACUUCAUCAUAUACGGAAGACAGGCAUAACAAUUUUAUCCAUUAUUACUAUUAUCAAUUUCAUUUGUCCUUUCUGGCAAAAACAGCUUAACUCAGAGGGGACUUGGCAGGUUUGCAUCUGAUCAGUGGAAAUAAAGUGAGUAUUUUAAACUAAA